AUGAAAGUCAAUUUAUAUUUAUCAUCACCAUCACCAACUGUGCUUUAUCAUCUUCUCCAAUGCCUUACAGAUGCGACUUUUGGUUUAAUUUACGAUUCAAUCAAAAACGACUUUGCUUCAAAACUUUUAAAGUUCCGAAAAUGGAACGAACAAUUAAUAGUACAAUUGCCUAUAUUAUUUUAA